CAAGUUCUAAUGUAAUUGAAGUUAAUAACUCUGAAUUUAAUAGUAAUAAUGAUAUACCUAAAUUAUCUACUAUUAUCUCUCAUAUUAUGAAUUCUUCAAGGAUUCCAACCCAAUUAUCAGAAACAAGUUCUAAUCUACUAUUAUCUCUAGUAGAACAGAAUAGAACUAAAACUAGUAUAUAUUAG